AUGCCUCCAUUAUUUUUCAGGCAGCUAAGCGCGCUGGUGUGGAAGAAUUGGAUAGUUUUGUCAAAGCACCCAUUUUUAAACCUUGUACGGUGCCUUCUGCUGCCGGUAGGAUAUGGUGUUUUCAUGGCUUUGGCUCAGUUGCUCCUGGCGAAGGUUAACAACUAUGGUCUGGGCACCCUGGCACCAGUCCAUAACCUCACCGACGUGUUCGACGGGUCACUCUCGCUCAUCUGGGUUGACAGCACAAAUGGCACUGGAACACCCUCAGCAGUUGACAUCAUGUCGCAUGUCACACGAGGUUUCUCUCCCAAACAGCUAGAUGCCGUGCAGCAGUUGGACUCACCAUCAGAGAUUCCAAAGGCUUGCCCCGAGAAUUUCCGUCUGUAUUCUCAAUGUUUUGGUGCCGUCGUAUUCAAUGCUCUUCCCGGUAUGCCCAAUGGGACAACUGCAACAACUGACCCUGAACAAGCUCCGCCUUUCAACUACACAAUCCGCGCCGACGGGGGGUUGUUUUAUAUCAACGUCGACAAGCAUACCAGUGAUUUCGAGAAGAAACUCUUCCCGUUACAAUGGGCGGUUGAUAGUGCAAUCAUCGAACUUACGACCGGUGUCCAGCCAUUGACUCCCAUGGAGUGGCCGUUUUCACAAAUUACGAACACGCAACAGUCCACUAAUAUUCGUCUAAGUUACAUCAGAGGCAUACGAGAAUUGCUCGUUUUGGCAUUAUUCAUCUGUUAUGUCCCCGUUGCCUACCAUCUCCCAGGCUCCUUCAUGGGAGAGCGCGCUAAUUUGCUGACAAGCCAUCUGAAAGCGAUGGGUUUGCUCGAUUCGGCUCGCAUCAUCUCCUGGUACUUCAGUGUCGUGCUCGCAUACCUCCCUGCGUGGAUUGCCGUCGCAGUAAUCUGGCAUUUUUGCAUAUUCAAGGCGACCAAUCCUGGGCUGGUGAUUGCCAUUCACCUCCUCAUCGGACUCUCUCUCGCUGGCUGGUCUCUGUUCGUCGCCGUGCCAUUCGGGAAGAGCCCACAGCUCGCAGCCGUCGCCUCUACCUUUUCCGCGAUCGGCCUCGCGGUUGUCGCCCUCGUCUUUGCGCGAGUGACUACGAACAGCAUCCUUGGAACUGUCGUCUUCUCGGUCGUGUUCCCACCGGGGUUCUAUGUCUUCGCCAUAUACGCACUCUGCGGUUUUGAGAAUCACAACAUGGCAGCGACCUUGCUGCAUGCGGACCCGGACAACCAGAUACUGCUUUAUCCGCUCAUCAUCGCAGCCAGUGUGAACAUCUUUCUGUGGCCUUGUCUCGCAGUUCUCUUCGAGAGACUGCUCUACGAUGCGCAUGGCUGGUCUUCUCAAAGCAAGCGGUCGUUUGCAUAUGGCAUGCAUCCAGACACAGCUAUUUCCAUCAGGAACCUCGGGAAAGACUUUCACUCAUCCAUCUUCACGUGGAAGAAGGACGUGGUCACUGCAGUAGCAGACCUGAGCCUCGACAUUCCGAGGUAUGGCAUACAUGUGUUGCUGGGGUCAAAUGGUGCGGGCAAGUCGACGACCAUGUCCAUCCUAGCAGGCCUCCUAGGCCGCACCCGCGGCACAGUGCUGUUCGACGGCGGCGUCUCACUGCCGCCCCGCGGAACGAUUGGAAUCGUGCCGCAGAAGAAUGUGCUGUUCCCUGAGCUGACGUGCCUCCAGACCUUGCGUGUCUGGCAGGCCGUUAAAACGCCCAGCGGGUCGGCGUGCCGACAGGACAGCAUCGAGUGGUUGCUGCGCGAUUGCGACCUCGAGAAGAAAAUACAUUAUAACGCGGAUUCACUGAGCGGAGGUCAGAAGAGAAGGCUGCAGUUGGCGAUUGGGCUGAUCGGCGGGUCUCAGACUGUGUUGAUUGACGAAUGCACAUCUGGUGUCGACCCGUUGUCCCGCCGUGCCAUUUGGAAGAUCCUGAAUGCUGUGCGCCAUGACCGAACAAUUGUUUUUACUACACAUUUUCUCGACGAAGCCAACCUCCUUGCGGAUACAAUUGCCAUCCUCAAGGCCCCUGGCAGGCUGGUCGCGCACGGGACGCCGGUGUCGCUCAAGUCUACGCUGGGUGAAGGUUACACCAUGCAGGUGCAGUUUGCCCAGAAUCACUCCACAGCGUCUUUGGACUUCACUAAGUAUCCCGCACUCGACGAUCUUUUGGACCGCAUUCGCCCUCUGGCACCGCUGACGUACACCACCUCGUCCGUACCAAACGAAACCUCCUACCAUCUUAGGUCCAAAGAUGUCAAGGUCGUUCAGCAGGUGCUAGAGUUGGUGGAAGAGGAGAGCAGCGAGUUCGGGAUCAAGUCUUAUUCGGUCCACGGGACGUCCCUUGAGGACAUCUUCCUUGGGCUUAUGUACGAUGAUAUGCGUUCCGAAGACAUGGAAAAGGAAACUUUCUUGGACAGUCGCUCGUCGUCGUUCGUGUUCACGCUCAAGCCGCCUCCAAUUCUUGACCUGACCGACGGCCGGCAAAGAUCGGCAAUCUCGCAAGCCUUCACUGUCUUCCACAAGCGUACAAUCAUUGCACGUCGGAGCUGGUUGACUCCCUUGCUCGCGGUCGCUGUCGCUGCCGCAGGCUCCUGUAUUCCCCUACUGUUUCUUGCCGAUCGCACGGAGACGUGUCUCACUCAAUAUCGCUCGACGUAUCAGGUUCCUCUCUAUUUCCCCCACUCCCCUAUCCCCUACAGCGUAGAAAGUUCAACACUUCCUGGAGAGCAAUUGUUAGUUUCACCUCCAGACAUUCUUUCUGUCGUUGGUCCGUCCACUGCACAGAUCCCGAUGCUCAAUAUCCCAGACAAUGCAACAUUCAUCGACCACAUCAAUCGUAACUAUCUCAAUAUGUCGCUUGGUGGCGUGUCUGCGGACUUACAGAAUGGCUCCGUGACGGUGGCCUGGGAGGCGACGGAGCCCGGCUUCAUGGGCCUCGUCAUGCUGAAUUUGGCGUCCAACCUAUUAUUUAACAAUGCAGCGAAGACCACGGGAGUCAGCUAUGGCGUGCCGGUGCUCAUCGCGCCCCAGUAUGAGAGCCUCCCUGGCCCAAACUUCAAUACAGGGACGUUCAUCGUGCUGAAGUGGGUCGCGUUCUUCGGCGCUUCUAUGGCGGCCUUCCCUGCGUUCUUCUCGUUGUACGUGUCAAACGAGCGCCGUUCAUCCGUUCAGGCUAUGCAAUUCUCAAACGGUUUGUCCAAUCCCGUCGGUCUGUGGCUGGGCCAUCUUCUCUUCGACGCCAUCUUUGCUGUCCUAGCAGUGUCUAUCAUCACCGUCGUCUUCGCUACUGCAUCGAACCAGUUCAAUGGGCUAGGAUUUCUCUGGCUUGUAUUCGUUCUUUAUGGAAUUGCUGCAGUGUUGUUUUCGUACUGCACCUCACUCCUUGUAGCUUCGCCCUUGGCUGCAUUCGCUCUCUCAGCUGGUUAUCAAGUCGUCGCUUUUCUGUUGUACUUUGCUGCGAACCUCUUAUCCCUAACUUAUGCACCAACAUCACGAGGCAGCGAAGAUCUGACAAUCGUUCAUUUUACUAUGUCUGUUUUGGCACCAAUCACAAGCCUCCUUCGGGCGUCCUUCGUUUCUGUGAAUCUCUUCUCUCUUCUGUGCAACGGAAAUACCCCGGUCACUACAUCCUCUAUGGGCGAUAUUUUGCAUUACGGCGGGCCAAUCCUGUACCUCAUCAUCUACACCUUCGUUCUCUUCGCCAUACUGGUCUUCGUCGACUCUGGGUCGCUAGUCAAGCGCAAGGACAAGAGAAAUCGGUCAAUGCCAGAAGGCCUUCUCGACGACAACGAUGUGCAAGAAGAGGCGAAUUUUGUCGCCUCGUCUGCGGACCCGCUGCGGGUGUUAAACGUCUCGAAGACGUACGGCACGAGCAAAGUCGUUGAUGAUGUCAGUAUGGGUGUGCCGAAGGACACGAUUUUUGCUCUGCUUGGUCCGAACGGCGCCGGCAAGACUACGACGUUCAACAUGAUCCGCGGUGACUUGACUGUGGAAGAGCAUCUGCAGCACUAUGGGCGUCUCAAGGGGCUGUACCGAGGCGACGAGCUGAGGUGGAACGUCGACUGCCUCCUUCAGGCGACAUCCUUGCAUAUGUAUGCCGACCGGCUAGCAAGCAAACUUUCUGGUGGGAACCAGCGGAAGCUGGCGCUGGCGAUCGCCCUCAUCGGUAACCCAUCGGUUGUCCUCAUCGACGAGUUCUCAACAGGAGUCGACGCGAAGAUGAAGCGGGACAUGUGGGCGACCUUGAGGAAGGUGGCGGUUGGCAAGGCUAUCGUGAUUACGACUCACUCUAUGGAGGAGGCGUCAGCGUUGGCCACGAAGGUCGGUAUAUUGGCGAAGAAGAUGCUUGCCAUCGGAACCACCGAAUCGCUGGCCGCUCGGUAUGCCACAUACGAAGUGCAUUUUUCAUGUCGGACACGUGAAGAGAUUAUGCUCGCGCAAGAACUCAUGGCGCAAAUACCUGGCGCGCGCAUGGCGGACGACGUCGCGACGCGCUUCGAGAUUCCGAUCGGGAACGACAUGUCGCUGGCCGAGCUGUUUGCUGUGCUCUCGUCUCAGAGCACGUUUUCUGAGUACACUGUGGAGAGGGCGACGCUGGAGAGCGUAUUCUUGAAGGUCAUUCGUGAGAAUGCCGUGCGGGAAGAGGACGGGGAGAGUAAAAGACUAUGGUGGACAGCCUAA